AGGCCCAGCCAGCGAUGGCCGUGUCCUUGCAGGUUGCAGUGGGCGGCAUUGCGAGGUGCGUGGUGUCCGUCCCGCCCUUCGCAAUCGCUCGCGAGAUCGAUCGGUCACCGCGGCACGGAAUAUCGGAACAACAACAACAAUAGCAGCAGCACAAGAAAGUAAGAACGAAAGAAGAAGAUGAAGAAGCAGAAGCAGAAGAAGUAGCUACUUUUCCUUCUCCUUCAGUGCGCCACUGUGCUUUCUUACAGCCUGCUCAGUCAAUCCAUCACGUUUGGGCUCUGUGAGUGUGCCAGAGAGGUGAGUUGUUCUCAUCAUCGCAUUUUGGCCUCAUUGAAGGGAGUUGCGCAGCUGUGUGUGUGUUGCUCUGGCAGUGUCAGAUUCACGGAAGCUAUGCGUGUCGAGGAGGGGCUGAGAGGGAGGGUUCUUGUUGUGAUGGUGGACAGGUAGUAGUGGGUAGUUUUGGAGAGGCAUGGUGGCGUGUAGGGAGCUGCUGAGUGGCGUGCCGGGAAGGGGCGUGCGAGGGAAGGGCAAGGAGGUGAUGCGGAGUCGUCGAUGGAUGUGCGGAUUGGGAUGUGCGAAUUGCGAAGAGGGAGACAUAUGAUUGAGGGAGAGAGUUGGAAGAGUGAGGGUGGUGUAAGGUCGAGAGAGUCGAGGGGUUGCAGAAGAAGAAAACCGGGUCGAAAUGGAGGAGGCGAUAGUGCAGUUGCAAUCGAAGGAUACGAAGGAGAGAAUGGCAGGUGUGGAGAGGCUUCAGAUUGUGCUGGAGCAAUCUCGAAAAAGCUUGACUGCCGCUGAGGUGUGCAGUCUCGUGGACGCGUCCAUUCCAUUGUUGAAGGACAAUAACUUUAAGGUGGCCCAAGGGGCACUACAGGCAUUUUCGUCCGCAGCUGCUCUUGCUGGGGAUCAUCUUAAGCUGCAUUUUAACGCCUUAUUGCCAGCCACUGUAGAGCGCUUGGGUGACGGCAAACAGCCCGUGCGCGAUGCCGGACGACGCUUUCUGCUUGCGCUUAUGGAGAUUUCGUCACCAACCACCAUUGUGGAAAGAGCUGGUGCGUAUGCAUGGAGUCAUAGAAAUUGGAGGGUACGGGAGGAAUUUGCCCGCACAGCUGCUUCGGCAUUGAAUCUUUUCACUGCAGUGGAGCUGCCGUUUCAGAGACUCAUCUUGCCUUCAGUGCUUAAUUUGUUGGAAGACUCAAACAGCAGCGUAAGGGAGGCAGCUAUGCUUUGUCUUGAAGAGAUGUACCGGCAGGGCGGACAACAAUUUGGAGACGAGCUUCAACGCCACCAAUUAAGAGCGUCUCAGCUUAAAGAAAUUAACGCUAGGUUUGAGAAAAUUGAACCUGUGAGGAACAUGUUUGACAGUAAGUCAUAUUCGUCGACCGUUCCGUCUACAACUACUCCAAAUCGAUUCUCCACUGCUCCCAGCCAGCCCAAACCUGCUCCCCAGCAGGCUGUAACCAAUCAUUCGUGGCCUGCAUCCGAGUUGAAAGUUCCGGUGUCAGGUGGAAUUUCUAGGGGCAACAGUCCAAAGUCAAAACCUGCUCUGGAAGCUGAUGAGAAGCCAGCUGAGCCAAUUAGAAUUUACAAUGAGCGGGAUUUAGCAAAAGAGUUUGAGAAAGCUACAAGUAUGCUUGCUCCAGCACAGGACUGGUCGAUCAGGAUGUCAGCCAUGCAAAGGAUUGAAGGAAUAGUGGCAGGAGGUGCAACGAAGUACAGCAGCUUUCCGCAGUUGUUGAAGCAACUUAUCAGUCCUCUUUGUGAUCAGCUAGCUGAUCGUCGAUCUAGCAUUGUAAAACAGGCAUGUCAACUGUUGAAAGUGCUUACCAAGGAGCUCAAAUCAGAUUUUGAAGUCUUCGCGGAAUCUUUUCUGCCAAUGCUUUUCAAGCUGGUAGUUAUAACAGUACUUGUGAUUGCCGAGUCAGCAGACGCCUGCAUCAAAUCGAUGCUACAACAUUGCAAAGUAGCCCGAGUUCUCCCCAAGAUGGUUGAAUUGGCGAAACAUGAUCGGAAUGCAGUGCUGCGGGCUAGGUGCUGUGAGUACUUGCUGUUGGUGUUGGAACGAUGGUUUGAUUCACCAGAGAUGCAACGUUCAGCCGAGCUAUACGAGGAUCUUAUCAAAUGCUGCUGCUCAGAUGCAAUGAGUGAGGUACGCUCUUUAUCUAGACAAUGUUACCGCGUUUUUGCUAGGUGCUGGCCAGACCGGGCGCGCCGUCUCUAUCAAGCUUUUGACCCUGUUACUCAAAGGGUUAUAAAUGACGAGGAUGGUGGAAUUCUAAAGAAGUAUGGGCAUUCAACUUCCCAUAAUACUCACCAGUUGCGCCAGUCCACUAGCUUACCAAUUCUUGGAGCUGGGCACAGUACAUCACCAUCUGGACAGUCCAAUUCUUCAGAUGGACCGCACACUCCCUCAAUGAAUGGCUAUAAUACCAAUCAUACACUGAGACCAGCAUCAAGUAUGUCACAGCGGAAGUCAUCUGAAAGUGCUCCUGAACGAAGUUUACAGAGUGUGUUACAAGCCAGUCAACAGCAAGUAAACGCAAUAGAGACCAUGCUAAAAGGAGUUGGUAUUGAUGAUCUGAGACCAUAUUAUUCAAACUCCCAAACUGCUGUUCAAAGUACUUUUUCGAAGAGUCACUCCACUGGUGCAACUUGGUCCUCACGUCCAGGCGUUGAUCCUCCCUCCUCUAGGGAUCCUCCUCAUUUGGCGUCUGGUCCUGCGGCACAUCAUCAGACCAGUCUGUCAGCCUUUCGACCUGGUAGUGCGGGAAGAAUACCAAGUGGGCAUCAGGCAUAUGGUGAUGUAGAUGCUGGGAGAUCAGCGGACUUUGCUGGCAUAAGUAGAGAGGCUGAGCUUGCCGGUGACAUGAGCCAUGAUUCUGCACGGGGCUCAGGGAGGUCACAGUCAGCAAAGCGAGUACCAACUAGCGUACCCAAGUACAGUUAUCGUAGUUCAAACAGUGAAUAUGAUGAGCCCAAACUAGCCAAACGCAUUCCGAAGCCAGAAGUGCAUAUGGACAGAGCAGUGUCAGAUCACAAUUCAAAUGCAGUACCUGCUUAUCAGAGGCCCCUUCUUCGACAAACCGUGUUGGGAAGGUCGUCGGGAAGUAGCAGAAUUAAUUCAGAAGACAAUGUUCCUACUGUUGUUAUGAAUACUUCUGGAGAGGUGUUCACUUACAUGGAUGGUUUGAUGUCACUAAAUGAUGCUUUGACUGAAGGCUUGGCUCCAGGUUCAGAGUGGUCCGCUAGAGUUGCUGCAUUCACGUUUAUUAAAAAACUCAUUCAACAAGGAAACAAGAGUCUUCAAGAAGUGAACCAGAGCUUUGAAAAGGUGAUGAAGCUAUUCUCUACACAUCUGGACGACCCACACCAUAAGGUGGCGCAGGCUGCUCUCUCCACACUUGUUGAGCUGGUGCCAGUGUGCCGGAAGUUAUUUGAGACUUACUUGGAGAGGAUUUUGCCACAUGUAUUUGCGCGACUUGUGGAUGCAAAAGAGGUCAUUCGACAAUUGAGCACAUCCGCUCUUGAGACUGUGGGAAACACUUACAGCAUUGACGCACUUCUGCCUGCCUUACUUCGGUCUUUAGACGAGCAGCGGUCUCCUAAGGCAAAGAUGGCAGUUAUUGAGUUUGCAAUAGCUGCAUUUGCAAAGUUGGCCUUAAAUGGUGAAGCAUCAGGUGGGAGUGGGUUACUGAAGCUUUGGCUUGCAAAGUUAGCUCCCCUUGUUCACGAUAAAAACGCCAAAUUGAAAGAGACAGCUGUGACAGGUCUUAUAUCCGUGUACUCCCAUUUUGAUUCGUCCAUAGUUCUUAACUUCAUUCUUGGUUUAUCGAUUGAGGAGCAGAGUACUUUGCGACGGGCACUCAAGCACUAUACUCCUCGAAUUGAAGUGGAUCUUAUGAUCUACAUGCAGAACAGAAGCCAGCGGAAUAAGGUGAAACCUGGCCAUGAGCGACCCUCUGCCUCGUCACCCUUAACUGAGAAAGACGAAGAUUAUGUUGAGGAGGUGUUUCCUACUGGAGAGAGAAAUCAGACUGUUGCUGGUUAUUCACCCGUGGUUUUGGAUAAAUUGAAUCGGAAGUGGGCUGCCACUGCUCAACCUGACACGAUGACCUUAGCUUAUCAUGAAGGUGCAGCGCCAUCAAUGGCGGACCUGUCUGGACAUUCGUAUCCCACUUAUACUUAUGCUGGAGACUCAUCUAUUCCUUCUGCUGAUAGAAAUCCCAAAGAUUUAGUUAGCAAUGUAAUCAGCAAAGAGGCAUCUACUGAUGUAAUCAGCAGUACAGAAAUUACUACUUCUUGGUUUAACCAAACCCAAGAACAUCAGUCCCAGGGGUCGGAUACUAGGCAUAAUGCUUUACCCUUAGUUGACUCUGAGGGUAGUAACAACUUGAAUUUAGGGUUUAGUAUGGCGGCCAAUUCUGGAAAUCCACACUUCAUUGACUCAGCCAGUACGCACAGCAAAAUUGAAAAUAAUUUUUAUCACCAGAGGAUGAAUGCAAACCCUCUGGUUUUAGGACUAGAAACCUCUACUGGUGUUCUCCAGAUGUCUAGCUGGGAUAGUGGGAAAACGAUGGGAGUUCGACAAAAAGUGCUUCAGCAACUGACGGAGUUUUCUGACGCCAACGAUUCAAAUACUUGGUCAAAGUACUAUAAUCAGUUUAUUACAUUGGUAUUCGAGGCUCUCGAUGAUCCAGAAUCAACUAUUAGGGAGCAGGCAGCGUCUGUCUUGCUUCAGAUGCUUAAGAAUCAGAAAGAUAGGUUAAACAAGGACACAGAGAUUUUGCUAGAAAAGCUUUUACAAUCAGCCAGAGACACUGACGCGAAGGUCAGUGCUGCGGCUGAUCUUUGCUUGAAUGCUGUUUUGAUGGAACUGGAUACUUAUCGUUGCCUUUCGGUGGUUGUACCGCUUUUGGAGUCUGAAAAUGAAAAGACUUUGGUUACUUGCAUUAGCUGCCUGACCAAACUUGUAAGCAGACUUCCUCCUGAGGAACUGACAUCCCAGCUGAAUUCUUUCUUGCCUAUGCUGUUUGAUGCCUUUGGGAACCAGGAUGCUGAUGUACGAAAGACUGUGGUUUUCUGUUUGGUGGAGAUAUACAUUGUUUUGGGCAAAGCAUUCGUUCCAUACCUCGGAAGUCUUAGCAGCACACAACUACGAUUAGUCACCCUCUAUGCGAAUCGCAUAUCCCAGGCAAGAAUGGGAUCAGCCUCGCAAUCAACACUGCAGCCCUAAUUUGACUUCACACAAUGUUCUUAUGCGUCAAGAUGGAAAAUUCAUAUUGGGAAGUCCAAACUGCACAAUUAGUUAUUUGAAAUGAUGCUUACUUUACGUGGGAAUAUGCACAUUACCUUUCGCCUUGUUGAAGAAGCAUCUUUGCCCUUAUGUAUCAAGCUGAAGCCGACCUGCGCCUGUACUUUCUAUUUUCGGACUUUCUUAAUUUUCACGACAUUGUUAAGUAUUUACUGAAGCUCUGGUUGCGAAGUCGGGCUAUCGACAUUAAUCCAGUGUCUAAUUUCUAAAGCUCGCAGAUCGGCCUACACGAUAGAGUAUCCUGACUUAUUGUAAACAUCCACAUAAAUGGAACUGGUUACUGGAUCUUUUACUCAAUUUGUGACCCCUGCAUUUCUCAUUAAGGUCGGUGAUUCUAUGUAUUCUACGAAGGAUUCAAGAGCUCUUGGACGAACAGAAUAGAAUCUAUCUCUGGCAUAAUGUGGGGUCUUUUGUAGAUGGGAAGUAAAAAACUUUACACGGACUAGACUAGAGGUGAUGUGCGCAACCCCGUGACACGAAGUCGAGUGUAGUGCUUUAGAGCUGGAACUGAGAAGUCAGGAUUUGUAAACAUGAAUGUACACGUCACAAAUAAUAGAAACAUUGAUUGUCAGUUCCUUUAAAGAACUC